UGAAUGUGGAUCCGGAAAGAAAUUGAGCAAAUUACUUUACUUUAGAUAGUUAAUUAAUUUAGUUUUAGUUUUAAUUUUAUAAUUUAUUUCAUUCUUUUAUCUCCCUAAAAUAUAUUGACUGGUAUCGCUGCUUGUUUAGAGGAGCUUCAAAUUCUUCAGAUGUUCUUCAGGCUGUUGAAGAACGCUGGUGCUUGAGCAAUCUGUAAUUAGUUUCAAACACAUAUUAGUCUGGGUUGUAAAGUUUUCUAGAUUUAAAAUAAGUUAUUUGUUAACUAUGGGGUGUUUGUUGUAAUCUCAUUUUUGUGGCGUUAGUCUGAAUGCCAGAUACUUGUUAGUUAUUACUCCAUAAAAGAUUAAAGGAAAAAAGAAUACCAGAAUAAUAGUUGAAAGUGGAAUCGAAUGCAAUUCUGUCACAAAACACUUGGAGCAAUAUAUAGAUUUGAUUACAGUACAAGAAAACCCUAGGAAGCAGGCUUAUCUAUAACCUUCUACAUACAUCUUAGGAAAAUAACCCCAAGCCGCCUCUGUCCUGAUCCUUUGAGGUACUUGAAUACCCUUUGUUGCCAUCCAUCACUGGUACUCAUGAAACGAGGAUAUCCAGAUUCUCCUUCAUCCUCGUUUGGUCCACCACAAUCUAAAAGACCGCAUAUUCAAGGUGAUGCACAAUUUCUGGAGGAUGAAAGCACAAAGAUUUUUGCUAGGAAAGUAGCUGAUCAUUACAGUGCAAGAUCCAACCAGACUCUAGAGGAACGGGAGGCUAGUCCUAUAAUACAUUUGAAGAAACUUAACAACUGGAUUAAGAGUGUCUUAAUUCAGCUUUACACCCGUCGGGGAGAUGCAGUCCUUGACCUCGCCUGUGGCAAGGGUGGGGAUCUUAUCAAAUGGGACAAGGCCAAAAUUGGAUAUUAUGUUGGUAUUGACAUUGCUGAAGGCUCAAUCAAAGACUGUCGCACACGAUAUAAUGGAGAUGCUGACCAUCAUCAGCGACGUAAAAAGUUUUCAUUUCCUGCUCGCCUGUUAUGUGGAGAUUGCUAUGAGAUUCGCUUGGACAAAGUUCUUGCAGAUGAUGCUCCAUUUGAUAUUUGUAGCUGCCAGUUUGCAUUGCAUUACUCCUGGUCUACAGAGGCUCGUGCCAGGCGAGCAUUGGCUAAUGUUUCAGCUUUACUUCGCCCAGGAGGCAUUUUCAUUGGAACUAUGCCAGAUGCCAAUGUGAUUAUCAAAAAGCUUAGACAAGCUGAAGGGCUGGCAUUUGGUAAUAGUGUCUACUGGAUCCGUUUUGAUGAAGAAUUUUCUGACAAGAAAUUCAAAUCUUCCAGCCCCUUUGGAAUAAAGUAUACAUUCCAUUUAGAGGACGCUGUUGAUUGUCCUGAAUGGAUUGUCCCCUUUCAAGUAUUCCAAAAAUUAGCCGAAGAGUAUGAUUUUGAGCUCGUCUUUGCAAAGAACUCACACGAAUUCGUGCACGAGUACAUGAAAAAACCGGAAUUUGUGGAGCUCAUGCGAAGGCUUGGUGCAUUGGGUGAUGGCAACCAAGAUCAGAGUACACUAUCAGCUGAUGAAUGGGAAGCAGCUUAUUUAUACAUGUCAUUUGUAUUGAGAAAGCGAGGUCAACCGGACAAAACCCAAACAAGUGAUCGAAAAGAGCGAGGAUCAAUGCACAUCGAAGAGCAAGACAUAAUGUAUAUUGGCAGUGAUUAGUGCGAGUGACACGAGCAAUGGCCAGAUUAUUAAGAAUGCAAUGUGGACAUGGAGGUGAAGCUGCCUGUGGUUGCCAUGUUCUCUAAUGACAAACUUGAGUUUUGGCAAAUUUUCAAUUUGUAAUACAUUUGGGAGUUUUAUAACUUAAAUUUCAAAUUCUCUUACAUAUUCAAUAUUUUAAUGAGUGAAAUCUCACCCCAGUCAUUAACAAUUUCACAAAAUUCCUUUCUGCUCCUUAAUAAAAGCAUAAUUCCAUUCCAAUCCCUAACAAUUAAUUUCGUGAGACUUUUUGUCUCCUCUUCUCCUUUCCUCGGCUAAGCAAACCAGAACAUCACCAGACCAACUAUUCUCUCCUCCUCGAUGUCAUUUUCAGCCACUUUCUUCACCAACAUCCACUAUUAUUGUCUGUUCUCACUGCAUCAACCUACUACCACCUUUCAAUUGAGUAAAUUAUUUAAAUACUUGAAUUUGGUUUGGAAUAUGGUCUUACAAGUUGUCUUUUUCAAGAUUUUGAUUAUUCAGUAUAGAUAUUUACUUAAAGUAUAAUUUUUAUGUAAAAGGGUGAUUUGGUAAUUAUGGAGUGCAUCGGUGUGUUAAGGGAUUGUGCGAAUAAGAAAAAAAUGGAGAAAAUAGCCAUGGAAACACUAGGAUGGCCGAUGGUAGCAGAGAUAUGGCUUUGUGGUUUAGGUUCCAACAAAAAGAAGAAUGAUGGCAGUGGAGUGGUGCAACAAAAACAAAGAAUGGUGGUGAUGAUGGUGGCCCAAAAAUAGUGGAGAGAAGAAAAAGAGAAUAGUAGUAGAUAUUGGUGAUGAUUAGGGUAUUUUGCUCUCGUUAAGUGGUAAAAAAGGAUUUCAUAAAAUUGUUAAAAGCCAUGGUGAGAUUUCACUCAUAUUUUAACAUAUUACUCAAAUUUUUCAUUUAAUUUAGCAAAA